CUCAAUCAACCAAUGGCCACACGCUUCCCAUGUCUGGUCCGCCGCACAUAUGCCGCUGCCGGGCGGACGCCAAUUGCUACGCGCAACAUCUCCAUCACUCCCACAACAGCUUCGUCUGAGCCCGCGCCCGACCAUCUCCACCAACAACUGCACGGCGAGCAAACUCCGGAUGCGCGCUUCGAAGUAGUGGGAUCUCCAUUCUCCCUCCUCUCCGUCUCUCUCGCCGCCUCUCAGAAGCUGCACACAAGACGCGGCACUCUCGUCGGCCUCAGCGGCAAGCCCGACAACGUCCUUUCCACCCUAUCCUUCCUCGAGCCCUUCCGCCGUGCCCCCGUCGGCAUUCCCUUUCUUUACCAGCAAGUUUCGUCAACGAGCCCGGUUACCGCCCUCAUUUCCACCAAAUCGCCCGUCACAUCCAUCGUCACCGUGCAUCUUGAUGGCAGGCAGGACUGGAUUGUUGCCCAGCGCCAGGCCCUUCUUGCUUGGACUGGACAGACCCUCUCGUUGAAACCGCAGUAUAAUGUCAAGCUUGGGCUGGCCAAUUGGGGCAAUACCUAUGUGACCGGUCGAGGUUUGCUUGCCCUUGCCGGCAAUGGUCAAAUUUACCAGGUCCAUCUGAAGCCCGGUGAGAGCUACGUCGCCCACCCCAGCAACGUUGUCGCAUACACCACCUCCUCCUCUCCACCACAGCCUUUCCGUUUCAGGUCCUCCAUCCUGAGUUUCCAGGUGCCCGACCUCGGCUUUGGUUCGCUGCUACAGAAUGUCAAAUUCUUUAGAGUCAUGUCUGAAACAGCGACGUGGAGGACAUUGGCGUCUAUAUCCCAUACCCUCAGCUUGUGGCUGCGGCGAUCAUUAUGGGGUGAUCGGCUUUUCCUCCGUUUCGAAGGCCCCUCCACUAUGUUGAUCCAGUCUCGAGCGUCACGUCUCAGCGAUACACUGACACUACGCGAUGUCAACGAGAUUGCAGACACUCCACCGGGCGCUGUAGAAGACGCUGUCACACGGAAGAUUAAAGAAGAUAUCAAGGGUUUAUCGCAGUCUGCACCAGCAACACCGAUUGCCUCUACUGGUUCGGAAGGCGCAAAGGUUCAAUACGCAACCGUGAACCAAGGCAAAGCCCAAUUCGAGAAGUCCCCGUAA